ACUCAGCUCUUUCUCGUGUACUACCAACAUCCCCCAUGCUCCUCUGCCCCUCUCCUCAAGCCCUUGGGUUUUCAGCUACUAGAGGGCAUGUCUAACAUUCGCAACACUGUGGUCUGACAUCUUGGCAGAGUGUGUAUAAAGCAGACCUGGAGUGGCUGCGUGGGAUUGGCUGGAUACCAGAGGGCUCCGUAGAAAUGACCAGAGUGAAGGGCGCUCAGGACCUUGUGAACGAAAGACUGUACAGGACACGACCAGAGGCCCUGAAGUUCACCUCCAUCGUGGACACUCCCGAAGUUGUCCUAGCAAAAGCCAAUUCUCUGCAAAUGAGUGAGAGGCUGUAUCAGGAAGCCUGGAAUAAAGACAAAACCAACAUCAGCAUUCCCCUGGACACUCCAGCCAUGCUGCAGGCUCAGAUCAAUGCCUUGCAGAUUAGCAAUAAACUCUACCAAAAAGACUGGGAUGAAGCCAAGCAGAAAGGCUAUGACUUACGAGCGGAUGCCAUUGAAAUCAAGCAUGCCAAAGCCUCCAGAGAAAUCGCCAGUGAGUACAAAUACAAAGAAGGUUACAGAAAGCAACUGGGCCACCAUGUGGGUUUCCGCAGCCUGCAAGAUGACCCCAAGUUGGUAUGGUCUAUACAUGCUGCCAAGAUCCAGAGUGACAGGGAAUACAAGAAAGCCUAUGAGAAGUCUAAAGGGAUUUACAACACACCCUUGGACAUGAUGUCAAUUGUUCAAGCCAAGAAAUGCCAAGUCCUGGUCAGCGACGUUGAUUACCAUAAUUACCUGCACCAGUGGACAUGCCUGCCGGAUCAGAACGAAGUGAUCCAGGCUAAGAAAGCCUACGAGCUGCAGAGUGAUAACGUGUACAAGUCAGACCUGGAAUGGAUGAAGGGUAUCGGAUGGUUGACAGAGGGUUCUGUGGACGUCGUGCGAGUGAAGAAUGCUCAGAAUCUUCUGAACGAGAGGUUGUAUCGUAUAGGGCCCGAGGCCUACAAAUUCACAAGCAUUGUCGACACCCCAGAAGUGAUCCUGGCGAAGACCAACGCUGUGCAGAUCAGUCAGGUAAGCUGCUGUGGUUCUGUGUCCAAGAGAAGUCUCAGUUGAGGGGAAUUCAAGUGGUGAACUUCAAAUUGCCACUAUCACAGGAAGUAAGAUCUGGGGCACAGCUGAGUCCACAUCUUCAGCCAGUCAGCCAU